AUUGCAAUUAAGUUCAAAGAAUUAUAUUAUUUAUAUGUUUUUCUCAUACUAUACGUCGGCUGCUCCUUUGUUAAUAUGUAAUAUAAUGCAUUUACAACAUUAACAAAAUGAAAUGUGCUAAUAAGCUUAAAAUGCUGGUGCAUCACGUGACCAAUUAGAUCAAUGACUUAGCCCGUACCCGCAGGGGAACUUUGGGAACCGGGUGGUGCAUCUGACCUCUCUUUCAUCUACUGGUGUCAGAAAAUUGUCAUGCGCUGCGCCCCGUGGGCGGCGGCGAGCGCGGCGCUGCUAGCGUCGCGGCGGAGGUGAAGGAAGGUGGAGCGGAGGCAGCGGCAGCCAGUGCGUCUGCUGUCUCUGUCGGAGUGACCGGACACACCUCUGUUGACCUAUUUUCUGAUUAUUGCAUUGAAACUUAACUAUUUAUACUUUAAGGGCGUAAAAGCGGGCACCCCCGUUUUUGCAGUUAGUGCAAUUUUUGAAAUUAAUUGUAUCCUCUGAUUUGAAUUAUUUGCGAUGUAAAAACUGUGUUUUUAUACAGUGCUUUUGUUUAUUGCUUUGAAUAGUCAAAAUGCUGAUAUUGGUUUGACACAGGUACCCUGGAGAAACAAUGCGUCGAAGGGGAGCUAAUAUGGCUCUCAUAAAAUUGGUUGCGGACUUGGACUUGAAGCUGGUUUACGGAUAACAGAAAGAUGGAAUCAGACCUUCCCCCAGGGUCCUGCAACUCUACUGGACAUUUGUCCACCAUUGGAUAUCAUACUCUACCUGGCCGUAUGCACCACUCGGCUAGCACGCCGGCGGGGGUGGACGGCGCGGGGGGAGGCUCCCGGACUCCGCCCGCUACGCCGAAGAAAGGCGGCAAGAUGCUGGCGAUCAGGGUGCAGAUGUUGGAUGACACAAUAUCCAUGUUUCAAAUACAGUCCAAAGCCGUGGGCCGAGUGCUGUUUGACCAAGUCUGCCGACAGUUGCACUUGUUGGAAGCAGACUAUUUUGGAUUAGAGUACCAAGAUGCCAAUGGAACACGGUACUGGCUGGACGUGGAGAAGCCGAUGUGCCGGCAGGUGGGGCUCUCGAUGCUGGAGCCCACGCUGCGGUUCUGCGUCAAGUUCUACACGCCGGACCCCGCGCGCCUCGAGGAGGAGUUCACGCGGUACCUGUUCUGUCUGCAAGUCAAGCGAGACUUGGCGCAAGGCUGCAUCCAGUGCAAUGAGAACACGGCCGCCCUCUUGGCUAGCUACAUCGUUCAAGCGGAAUGUGGAGACUUCGUUCCUGAAGAUUACCCGGACCACACGUACCUCAGUGGUUACAAAUUCUUUCCCGGACAAGACUCUGAAUCUGAGAGACGAAUUAUGGAAAACCAUAAAAAGCAUUCCGGACAAAGUCCUGCGGAAGCUGACAUGAACUUAUUAGAGACUGCGCGAAGGUGUGAAUUAUAUGGCGUCAAGAUGCACCCAGCCAAAGACCACGAGGCCGUGCCGUUAAAUUUGGCCGUGGCGCACUUAGGCAUUCUAGUAUUCCAGAACUUUACCAAGAUCAACACCUUCAGUUGGGCUAAAAUAAGAAAAAUAUCCUUCAAAAGAAAAAAGUUCCUCAUUAAAUUGCAUCCAGAAGGUUACGGAUACCAUCGCGACAUCGUCGAGUUCUUUUUCGAGGGCCGCAACGAGUGCAAGAACUUCUGGAAGAAGUGCGUGGAGAACCACGGCUUCUUCCGCUGCUCCAGCGUGCCGCGCAUCCAGAGGCACAAGACUCGCGUCAUGUCCAGGGGCUCCUCGUUUAGGUAUAGCGGAAAAACUCAGAAGCAAAUCGUUGAAUUCGUCAGAGACAACUAUGUGAAAAGACAGACGUUCCAAAGGUCGGGCUCGUUCCGAGCGUCGCGCUCGCUGCGCUCCUCGCGCGGCAACGUGUCUCAGGCGCCCGCGCAGGGCACGCUCAACGCGAGCGUGUCGGCCCAUCCCCUGCUGCCGCUGCCGCCUGGCUCUGACGCGAUUUCCCUGGAGUGGGACAAGCAACCUCACUACCUGGAGGCUUCUCUGAUGAUGAAGGGCUACACAGCGGAGGAGGCGGCGCAGGCGGCGCGGCGCACGCGGCGCCCUUCGGAGGGCGCGCCUCGCCCGCCGCUCACAGCUACCGCCUAUGCCGCCACGAGGGACAAGCUAUCAAAACUGUACUGCAAGCAAAUCGGGGCUCCCGAACUAGUGACCCGUGCAGAGGUCAAUCAUCAUCCUACGGAGGAUUCGCCUCUGCCUCUUCGGACGACGACACCGUUGGUUUCUCCGGAGAGUAUAUGGAGCCAGGCGAGUUCGUGUCGCGCGAAUGGUCGCGCGCGCGCACCCACUCCGCCACCUCGUGCCCCGCGCCCUGCAGCAGAUGAAUGUUCGCUGGAGGAAGAGAAGACGGUGUCCUCGGCGAGCCUGUGCAUGUCUCCGUCGACCACGAGCGAGAUCUCUCCGCUGUGCGCGUCCACGCCGGUGGCGGACGGCGCGUGCGCGGCCGCGGACCCGCGCCCGCGCACGCGCCCGCCGCGCGGCCCCGACCACCUCGACAACGCGCCCCUCACCGACGCAAUCAAUGGGAACGCUAACCUGGUUUCCGAAUCAACAAGUAUGGACGUCCUAAGCGGCGGUGAAAGUGACGCAGGCGAUACGCUCAAUAGAAGAAAUAAUAAUAACAGUAUUUGGACGCGCUUGAGCAACAGCACGCUGCGGGAGGGCGCGGCCGGCGACACGCAGCGGCGGCGCGGCGGCGACGUCACCUUCUUCAUCGCGCGCGAGCUGCUCAUGACUGAACGCACCUACAAGCGGGACCUGGAGCUCGUCACUGUGGCAUGGUCGGCGCGGGUAUCAGAGCUGGGCGGUGCGGGGGCCGGCGCUGGGGGCGGUGAGGCGGCGGCCGACGUGGUGGCGGCGCUGGCGCGGCCGUGCCUGGCGCUCGAGCCGCUGGCGCUGGCGCAGGGCGGGCUGCUGGCGCGGCUGGAGCGCGCCCUCGCCGCGCGCGCCUCCGACUCCGCCAACAUUACAGAUGGUGAAGAACCAGAGUACAAAAAGAUUGCUGAGCUGUUGUGCGACUACUUAACUAAUACUUAUGACGCGUACGCGAUGUACACGGAGCGCAGCGGCGCGCUGGUGGGCGUGGUGGAGAGCGUGCGGCGGCGCAGCGGCGCGGCGGCGCGCGCGGCGCAGGUCUUCGAGGCCGCCGCGCCGCUGCCGCUCGCCUGCCUGCUGCUGCGCCCGCUGCACCGCCUGCUCUACUACGCCACCAUCGCCGACGAAAUAACAGAAGUGGGGUCGUUGACGACCGGCGAGAAGGCGUCGGGCGCGGGGCGCGCGCGCGCGGCGCUGGAGGUGGCGGCGCGGCUGGCGCGCGCGGCCGCCCGCCAGCUGCGCCACGUCGAGAACCACGCCGCGCUCUGCCAGCUGCAGCGGGACAUCGUCGGUUACGACAAACUUUUAGUCGCCGAACGCGAAUUUAUUCGCAUGGGAUGUGUCUACAAGCACUCUUCAAAGGGUUUGCAGCAGCGGAUGCUAUUCUUGCUGAGCGACGUGGCGGUGCUGGCGUCCAAGUCGGGCAGCGCGGCGUUCCGCGCGCACUGCGCGCUGCCGCUGCGCGCGCUGCGGCUGGCGCGCGCGCCGCUGCCGCACUCCUUCACGCUGUGCGCCGCCGACGCCGCCGACGACGAGCCUGACACCGACCAGCGGCCUGCAGAUGACAGUAUAAACCUGAUGCUAAGUACGAGCAACGAAGUUGAGUUUGACGGCUGGUAUGCGGCGCUCGAGGCGGCCAUAGAGCGCGCGCAGGAGCUCCCCGGCGAUGUCGAUACCGAGCUCACACCCUAUGAACAAGACACAGGUUUGGAGAGCGGCGGCGCGGGCGUGGGCGGCGGCGCGCUGACGCACGUGUGCUGGCACCGCGUCACUUCGCUCACGCGCGAACAUCUGCACACCGCCAUGAGGAGUCAAAUGUCUGGGUACCUGCUGCGCAAGUUCAAGAACUCGCACGGCUGGCAGAAGCUGUGGGUGGUGUUCGCCGCGUUCACGUUGUUCUUCUACAAGAGCUGGCACGACGAAGCCCCGCUCGCCUCCUUGCCGCUGCUCGGGUACACCGUUGGGGCCCCGUCAGAAAAAGACGCCAUUUUCAAGGAUUUCGUUUUCAAGCUGCAAUUUAAAAAUCAUGUUUACUUCUUCAGGGCCGAUAGUCAGUUUACUUACAACAGUUGGAAUGAUGUUCUGAAAACAGCGAUGGUGCAGCAAUCAUAAAGAAGCAUCACUAGAACGCCAAACAUAGAAGUAUGAAUAAAAAGGAGCAAAGGAUACCGGUGCCAUACAUGAAUUACACGACUUAUCUAACUUAAGGUAUAUUAAAUAUUUACUAUUAUGGUUGUUAAUUUAGAUGUCGAACUUCGAUGUCACAAGUAAACUGCCCGGGUCUCCAAAUAAAAUAGGUGCUAAAAAGUGAUAUGAUAAUAGCCACAGAUAGGGUUAAACGCUUUGUAGUGACGUUCUUAAACAAGUAGAACUCUUCAGUGAAGUCUGUGUCGGCAACGCCAUGAGAGUGAUUAUCUAUGAAUUUAAGCUAUUUAUUCAAUUAUUAUAAUUAUUUAUAGGGAAGUAAAUAAAUGAUCAGCCGGUUUUAAAAGUGAUCUGCAAAAAAAAUCUGCCAUAUAAUCAUUUGGGCAGCAUACAAAUAAUAUGCCGGCAAUAAAUAAAAAUCGAGCUACAACUCGUGUUCAGCAAAUAGGUAAUUUACAAACGGUCAACGUGAAUAAUCAAUAUUCAUCUGCAUUUCUGCUAAGUUAUCGGCUUAAUAAAUAGUUGAUUUGGUUGAUAAUUAUUUGGUCAGCAACAUUUAAGAAAUGGUCGGCAGAAAAAAAAAUCGUUAUGCAGUGUAAUUAUGCGGUUUGCAUAUUAAAGGAACGAUCAUCUGAUAAAAUAAGUUGGGUUACGUUUCAUUUGAAAAAUCGGCAAAAUGGCGUGCGGAGCGAAAUUAGCCCACAUGAAACGAUCAGCCAAUUGUGCGCGAGCAUUUCAUUCGAUGUUUAGUAACAUUAGUAACAGCAGAAGUAAUUAAUGGUUGAUCUCCGUCGGUCUAGAAAGCAAAAUUACCGCUUUUUAUUAUAUUAAUAUAGGUGUAGGUUAGGCUCGUUAGGUAUCAAAUGGCUGAAGGCCAAUCUACACAGCAUAGGAGCCCCGCGGAAGCGGGGCUCCGUCGACAUCGCUUUAAAAUUAAGAUUAAACGGAAAAAAUAUUGUACGCAUUUUUCGUUCCAGACCGUUUGUGAUAUAGACUAAUAGCUAUUUUGCGUUCUAGACCAUCUGAGAUCGACCCAUAUACAGCGCCACGUGUUGUAAAAUAAGGAAAUAAUUCGACCAAAAUGCCGCUAAUCAAUCGGAUCAAAACAUUUUUUAGCUUAUCAAACUUUGCGAAUCAGGUAAACUGUAAUCCAAAAUGGAAUAAUUCGCUUACCUACUGUUUGCUUGACAAAAUGUGAUUAAUGGUAAUCACUUACUGCUGCCCAAAUAAUUAUUUUUCCGACCAAAUGAAUUUAGUGCAGCUCAGCGUGACAAUAAAUGCAAACCCGUUUUGAAAUACUUGCUAACUUUAAUUUGCAAAUCAAAAUCUUUUUUUGAAGAUCAGUUAAAUAACACCCUUGUUUAUAUUCAUUUUAGGAAUUAAAUGUUGGUUUUAGGUUUUACUUGCCAAAAUGUACAUAGGUCUCUGAUAAAAACCACGCCAUUAAUGAUUAAUGGAAUUAAUAUAAUUGCUACUUUAUUUGUGAUUAAUGAUUAUAUUUGGUUUUUUGACAAAUUAUGUGGUGUAGUUUAUACAUAAUACCCGAGGAAUAUUUUACAACAAUAACGAUGAUUGCAUUGUAUAAUAAUAAUAAUUAAAAAAACAGAAACGUAAACAAAAUGGUGUCAGAACUGAUAAUUAAGUAACUGGUGCUAGGAUGAAUAAAACUACGAAUUAAGACCUUUCCUGCGAAUGAAUCCGGAAGUGACUUCAAGCUAGGCGUGCUCGCUGUUCGAAGCGUGCGUCGCCCUGGGAGCGCAUGUCAUCGUUAUUUAGAAGCACUUAAGAUCACUUUACGCCGCAGUGCCUUUAAGGAUUUACUCGCUAUUGAGCAGCCCCUCAGGGUUGUUCUUGCCAUUCCCAAAAUAUACGUCGGCUGUGUUUGUAACGUUAACAUUAGGUGGUUUGUAAUUAUUUGUUCAUAAGUUAUGAUAUGGAUCAUAACUUUCUAGAUACAUAGCUAAGUGCGUAUAUUUUUUAUACAAUAAUGCGUGGUACGGUACGUCACAAGUAUUACUAUAAGAUUAAGUGAAGUAAAUGAUAAUUAGGAGUUAUAUAGAGGUAAGUAGGCCACAUGUGAAAUCUUCACAAGCUAUGUUAGUAAGAGUGAGUUUGUAAGCAUUGAAGUAAUCAGCAUUCACAGAGUGUAAUUUAUGACAGCGGAAUAAAUGCAUAAGGCGUAAUUGUUCUGCGCUACAGUACUAGUGUAAUAAAACGAAUCUACAUAUAUAUAUAUAUAUUUAAAUAACAUGAUAUCGAAAUAAUGAUAUUAAUUUAAUAUUUUUUUAUUGAUAUACAAAUGAUAAGCGAGCCAUAAUGUAAAUAUAUCAGGAAGGCGGUACUUUCUUUUUGUCAAUCUGUAAAUAUGAACGAAAUAAUUAGAAAUAAAGGAUUUUAAAUUAUUCAAUUUUUCAUUGCUACACUUUAACGCCCUUAUUCAUAAACGCACUCUAAAGUUAUCAAGUCGAUAAAGUUCGUUUGUCCCUUUCCGACGACGAAUUGAAACGACCACGACCAGUGAAACAUCUAUUGCAUUGUCGGAAAUGGAGAGUAGCAUAAUGUUAACCUCAUUAACCUUUCCGCCGCCAUUGACUUGAUAUGAAGUCAGAACAUUUCGUGCCCGACACGCCACGACUGGACUUACCUUACCAAGACCAAAGAGGAUCGAAUAUAUGUCUUUGUCAAGUCAAGACUUGCCAAGUUGGAAAAUUCAAAGUAAAACCAAUUAACAAGAAGUUGACAGUUAUUUACGUGCAAUUUGUCGCAAGGCUAGUGGAGUGGGUAACAAUUUUAGGCUACUUGCCUCCUAGUCAAAUCAGCUUCUUUUUAAGAACUGUCAAAACGAAUUUGAACGACUUGCUAA